GCGCCGAGGCUGCGCCGCCAGCUGCCCGCGCCGCGCCCCCCGGCCGCCGCCAGCCCCGCGCGCCAUGGCCUGCGCCGCCCCGCGGCGGCCCGCGACCCCCGAGCGCGGCGCUGCCGGCCGCUGAGCGCGCCCCGAGGCGGCAGGCCCGGCCGGGCCCGGAGCGAGCGCCCGCCGCGGCCCGGCUCUCCCGCCGGCUGCCCGCGCCCCGCCUGCGCCCCGCCGCCCGGCCUGAGCAUGGAGACGGCGGAGAAGGAGUGCGGCGCCCUGGGCGGGCUCUUCCAGGCCAUCGUCAACGACAUGAAGAGCUCCUACCCCAUCUGGGAGGACUUCAACUCCAAGGCCACCAAGCUGCACUCCCAGCUAAGGACCACUGUGCUGGCUGCUGUGGCCUUCCUGGACGCCUUCCAGAAAGUGGCUGAUAUGGCCACCAACACCCGAGGGGCCACCCGGGACAUCGGCUCGGCGCUCACGCGCAUGUGCAUGCGCCACCGCAGCAUCGAGACCAAGCUGCGGCAGUUCACCAACGCCCUGCUGGAGAGCCUCAUCAACCCGCUGCAGGAGCGCAUCGAGGACUGGAAGAAGUCGGUCAACCAGCUGGACAAGGACCACGCGAAAGAGUACAAACGGGCCCGGCACGAGAUCAAGAAGAAGUCGUCAGACACGCUGAAGCUGCAGAAGAAAGCGCGCAAAGGGAAAGGCGACCUGCAGCCCCAGCUGGACAGCGCCCUGCAGGACGUCAACGACAUGUACCUGCUGCUGGAGGAGACGGAGAAGCAGGCGGUGCGCCGGGCCCUGAUCGAGGAGCGCGGCCGCUUCUGCACCUUCAUCGCCUUCCUGCAGCCUGUGGUGAACGGCGAGCUGACCAUGCUGGGAGAGAUCACCCACCUGCAGGGCAUCAUCGACGACCUGGUGGUGCUGACGGCAGAGCCCCACAAGCUGCCCCCUGCCAGCGAGCAGGUGAUCAAAGACCUGAAGGGCUCGGACUACAGCUGGUCCUACCAGACCCCCCCCUCGUCUCCCGGCAGCUCCAGCUCCCGCAAGUCCAGCAUGUGCAGCGCCCCCAGCAGCAGUGGCAGUGCCAAGGGUGGCGGAGCCCCGUGGCCUGGGGGUGCCCAAACAUACUCACCCAGUUCCACCUGUCGCUACCGCAGCCUGGCGCAGCCAGCCACCGCCACCGCCCGCCUCUCCAGCAUCUCCUCCCACGACUCUGGCUUCGUCUCCCAGGAUGCCGCCUACUCCAAGCCUCCCUCACCCAUGCCUUCAGACAUCACCAGCCAGAAGUCCUCCAGCUCCGCGUCCUCCGAGGCCUCGGAGACCUGCCAGUCCGUGAGCGAGUGCGGCUCCCCCACCUCGGACUGGGCCAAGGCCGGCCCCCACGAGCAGCCCUCCACCCUGCAGCGGAGGAAGGACCGCGUGGAGCUCCUGAGAGACACGGAGCCAGGCCCGGCCGGCGGGGGCAGCCUGGGCCCCGGCGGAGAGGAAGCGCCCCGACCCCGCAUGUCCCCGGCCACCAUUGCAGCCAAGCACGGUGAGGAGGUGUCCCCGGCGGCCAGCGACCUGGCCAUGGUGCUGACGCGCGGCCUGAGCCUGGAGCAUCAGAAGAGCAGCCGGGACUCGCUGCAGUACUCCAGCGGCUACAGCACGCAGACCACCACGCCCUCCUGCUCGGAGGACACCAUCCCCUCCCAAGGCUCCGACUACGACUGCUACUCCGUGAACGGGGACGCCGACGGCGAGGGCCCGCCCGAGUUCGACAAGUCGUCCACCAUCCCUCGCAACAGCAACAUCGCCCAGAACUACCGCCGCCUGCUCCAGACCAAGCGCCCGGCCUCCACGGCCGGCCUGCCCACCGCCGGGCUGCCCGCCGCCUCGGGCGCACCCCCCGGCGUGGCCACCAUCCGCCGCACGCCCUCCACGAAGCCCGCCGUGCGCCGCGCCCUGUCCAGCGCCGGCCCCAUCCCCAUCAGGCCGCCCAUCGUCCCCGUGAAGACGCCCACGGUGCCCGACUCCCCCGGCUACGCGGGGCCCACACGGGCGGGCAGCGAGGAGUGCGUCUUCUACGGCGACGAGGCCGCCUCGCCCCUGGCGCCGGACCUGGCGAAGGCCUCCCCCAAGAGGCUGAGCCUGCCCAACACGGCCUGGGCCAGCCCGGCCCCCGAGCCCGCCGGCUACCCCGGGCCGGGGCCCGAGGACGAGGAGCAGCAGCAGCUGGCCGCCAACCGGCACAGCCUGGUGGAGAAGCUCGGCGAGCUGGUGGCGGGCGCCCACGCCCUGGGCGAGGGCCAGUUCCCCUUCCCCACCGCCCUGUCGGCCACCCCCACGGAGGAGACGCCCGCCCCGCCCCCGGCCGCCGCCGGCGACGCGCCCGCCGAGGACAUGCUGGUGGCCAUCCGGCGGGGGGUGCGGCUCCGCAGGACGGUCACCAACGACAGGUCGGCGCCCCGCAUCUUGUGAUGGCGCCCCCUCCGCCUUCUGGCCCAGCGCGAGGCCGCCGCCCAGCCAGGAGAGGGCAGAGCCAGGCCGCGUUUUUUCCUCUCCAGUCACAAGGCAAAGCCACUUCGUGGAAAGAGACACCUAGCUAGGACUCGGCAUUUACACAGACGGCGACUUCUCAGCAGACAUCGCUGCCCUGGAGCUGCAGGCCUGGACCUGGAUGUGGAGCCUGUUUUAUACUCUCCUUGCCUCCCCUGUCCCUCCACCUCCUCCCCCAGGCCCUGCCUCCCCAUCUCCGUGAGCCCCGCGCGGCUCCCCCCGCCCGUGGCCUGGGCUGGGCUGGCAGUGCCACAGCCGAGCUGACCUGGCCAGCAGUGCCUCUGGCCUUUCAGAACUGAGCCCUGCCCCCCCCCCCUCCCCAUCAGGGAGGCUGUAGGGGCCGGUGCCCAAGUAGCUAAGGUAACAGAUGUGACUGAAAAGGUGAGCUGAGUGGCUGGUGGUCUCGGGGGCAAGUGAAGUUGGGGGGCCAGCCCGCCAUGGGGGGGAGGGGCUAGGGCCCAAGUCUCCAGGAGGGAAUGCAGGGAGCCCACCUGGAGGGGCUGGGGGCAGGGAAGGGGUCUGAGGCUCUGGGCGAUGGGGCCAGCCCCAUCCUCUCGAUGGGGCACAUCAGGACUAAUGCGGGUGGCACUGUGCUCACAGCUGCGGGCACCUUUGGGAGUGACUUCGUGAGUAUAAUAAAGUGGAGCUGACUGGACAAGGACUGUGUGUGGGGACAGGGUGGACAAUACAGGGUGUGUCCAUGAGUGCCUGAGGGACAGGGGCCACAGUGGCCUGGGGGCCGUGGCAGGAGGAGGAGGACCGAUCGGCUCCCCCAAAGCCAAGGGAGAGCUGUUCUCUCCAGCCUGGAGCCCAGUCAGGGGCGCCCGCUGGUCGGGGGUGGGGUCCUCUGGCCGGGCAGGGCUGGGGGACGUCCGGGAAGAUUGGCUUUGACUCUCUGUUGCCAGAGGAGACGCCAGCCCAGGACGCAUCCCUCACCCUCCAUGCACCAAGCUGUGCCAACUCCAAGGCAAAUGCAGGAGCCUCCAGCAGGAGGGCUCCCUGAGGCCCGCAGAGCUGGGCGCGGGUGCAGGCCCACACAGGGGCCUCCUGGGUAGGUCAGCGCUACCUGGUCUGGAGGGACAGGGCUGGUCAGAGUCUGCCAGCCGGAGGUCUUGGCGGUUCCUGUGCUGGGAUCCAGGUGGGGCAGGGAACCAAGGGCACCUCCGAGUGGAUGGAGCCCCGGCUCCGGGGACGAUGGAGAAGGAACCUGUAAGUCGCUAGGUCAGCACAAGCUUGCUGAGUGUCUGGGCCAACCCCAGGGACCCGCCUCGGGCCCCUUAAGGGCCCGGGGUGAAGGGGGCCCGAGGACUGGAGGGCAGGCGGCCAGUCUGGGUGGCCCUGGGGCGGGCGACACCGCCCCCGCCCUCAGCUGCGUCCGGCUGGGCCUGGGAGUGGGAUACAGGAUGUGUGAGGGGAGCAGGGUGCGGAGCAGUGGGCGUGGCUGGGUCCUUGUGCCCCUAGAGCAGCGGUUCUCAACCCGUGGGUCGCGACCCCUUUGGCGGUCGAACGACCCUUUCACAGGGGUCGCCUAAGACCACCCUGCAUAUCAGAUAUUUCCAUGACGGUUCAUAACAGUAGCAACAUGACAGUUAUGGCUGGGGUUCACCACAACAUGAGGAGCCGUGUUAAAGGGCCGCGGCCUGAGGAAGGUGAGAACCACUGCCCCCGAGGAAGAACUUGCCUCCUGGGGGGAGGGGGUGGCUUUGGAGGUUCAGGGAGGGUGAGCCCCGCCUUGCCCGUCCCCCUCCCUCCCGGCCAGCCCGGGGCUGUACAUAACUCACCCCGACCGACCGACCGCCUGUCCGCUCAGUGACCGCCCGGGGCGGAGCCAGCUGCCCGCCGCACAGACUCGGUUGGGGGACUUCACGUUCGUUUUAUUUCUCAUUUUGUACAGAGACAUUCUUUUCCAAGUCUUUUGACCGAAGUAACUUUUCUGGUGCUGUUGUUAACUUGUUCCUUCUUUUAAUUUAUUUCCCCCCCAGGCCUCCCUCCCGCCUCCCACUCGGCCUUCCUCCCCUCGCCUCAUCCCAUCUGAACCGUCUCCUUUCUUUCCUGUCGGUUUUGGUUUCGAAUAAAUUGUCCUCUCCACUCCUCGCCCUCCAGCCACCCUGCCCCCGAUUUAAUAGUCACGGCUACAAGUAACAAUGCACUGUGAAGACCCCAGUAUUAAUAAAGUUGUACUGUAAUUCA